AGAAGAGGGGUAUACAAUGCAAAUUUAUCUAUCUAUCUUCCCAUUUGGGAUAUGCCAUAUCUGUACACGCAAGAGAGAAAAGCAUCCAUGGACUAUACUGGUAGGAAAUCUAUUCCGACUCAGUCCAUCACGUCAAAGCUCGUGCCACAGCCGCAGUUACUCGUUGCCCGCGGGUUGUCCACGAUCUUAAAUUGGCUACCGAUCAGCUCGGUGGUGUAAUCGACCGUGCUGCCAGACAGCAAUUCUAGCGAGGGCUCAUCCAUGAUGACCUUUGCCGUACCGGCGGCGUUCGUUGAAGCUUCGGAUGGGUCUGCCUCGCCUUCGAAGAUAGUAUCCUCUUCUGCGUCAAUCUUGGCCGCUGAUUCGAGAGACAUCAAGUAUUGGAAACCAUGGCAGCCGCCACUGGUCACGGUAAUGCGAAGAUGGUGGUAGGGGUUUUCUUCUUUGGUAGCGGAGGGUGAGGAGGUUGGGUCGGUGAUUUCGCGGAGACGCUAUUAUAUCCACGUUAGCUCGGGCUUCAGAGUAGAUCUCGGAAGUAAGGCUAGAAAUAAAGGGCAAAAAAGGCAAUCCCAGCGGAGAGAAUAGAACCAAAAAAAAAAAACAUACAACAGCCAGGAUUCGCAUGUGGUCACCCACCAUACUACUAACUGGCCGGCGUGUGGCUUAAGUACGGCUGAGCGGACGGGAAGCCCUGUUCUCCACACCCUAUGGUCGUAUGUGCUAGUUCUCUCCGGCAACUGACUCAAUCCGUGCUGCUCGAUGGUAUCCAUCCAUUUUCAUGGAGAACCCAAUGCCGACAGCAGCCUGACGUUCAGUCCCCAGGUCUCGAACAAUUCGCAAACUUGCCACACAACACAGCGCAUACUUUCGGCCAUGAAGGGGGAUCCGCAAAAGCCAGGCAACCAAAUCAAAACCAUUAUACACGUACCGACACUGCGCGAGGAGAGAUACUGAUCAUGAGAGUCUCUCCAUCGUCUCCGGUUCUCGGGUUUUGCGUGACCUUGGUGGCGAGACGAGUGGACGAGCUGGAAAAUGUGGCGACGGAUUGACGGGUAGGUGAUCUGAGCAGACAUCCCCGUACGAACGGCCUGUAGACAGAUGCGCCUGCCGAAGCAGCUGUAAAUCGGCGGGCAGCGAGUUGGCCGGCGGAGGAGGAUGCGGAGAGGCGCAAAGCGGAUUGGGAAGUCGAGAGGAGUCGGCCGUGCUGCUGGAACAACCGCCGCGCAGCUGUGGAUGUGAAGAGUGGUCGCGACAUGGCUGUGUAUGUGCAAGAGUCGCGCAGCUCGAGAGAUGACGAAAGGAAACCUGGAUUAUCAAUUAUCGCAUCGUUCCAUCCGAUGGCCGCGGGUUAGUCAGUUCGGCAGUGGCGCGAUUGGUCAGCUCUGGCGGGGAGUCGCGGCAGAAUACUGAAAAGGGAAAGGGAUCGGAGUUGGCGGGGAAGAAAGGUGAUUUCUUUUGGCUUGUGAGUCGUCAGGUUCCUGGAUUGCCUCUCUUUUGAAAGAUUGAUUAUCUAUCUUACGAUCAGACGGCUUGUCACACGAGUGGAUCAUUUCAAAAUGGGUUCACGGCAGCAUCUCCGUGAUAUCAAAUCCGGUCCCCCACUUCCCUACCAGGAUGAUAUCAGAGCUUACAGCCGGGAUUACGCCGAAGCAUUGGAUGCAGAAGAUCCUCUACGACAAUUUCGAGAUGAAUUCAUCAUCCCCUCCAAGCAAGACCUGAAGCGGAAGACCCUGGCGGAAGAUCCGAACCAUGAUGAAGCUUCCGAUCCUAGGUGCAUUUAUCUCUGUGGUAACUCUCUUGGUGUUCAGCCUCGGAGUACUCGGCGAUACAUCGAGCAAUAUCUGCGAACAUGGGCAACCAAGGGUGUAACAGGUCACUUUGUGCCGCACGAAGAUGAAUUGCUACCUCCAUUUGUCGACGUCGACACUGCCGCGUCCAAGCUGAUGGCGCCGAUUAUGGGUGCUUCUCAAAAAGAAGUGGCAGUGAUGGGAACUCUCACUGCUAAUCUCCACUUCCUCAUGGCUAGUUUCUAUCAGCCUACGAGCGAGAAGUACAAGAUUAUCCUGGAAGGCAAGGCAUUCCCCAGUGACCAUUACGCAAUUGAGUCUCAAGUCCGGCAUCACAACUUUGACCCAAAGCAGGCUAUGGUGUUGAUUGAGCCAGAGAAUCUCGAUUGUCCAAUCCUCACUAUGGAGCAAAUCAUCAAGGUGAUCGAUGAGAAUGCCUCGAGCACUGCUCUGAUUUUGCUUUCUGCCAUUCAGUUUUAUACUGGACAAUACUUUGACAUGAAACGAAUUACAGACCAUGCCCACUCCAAGGGUAUCUUGAUCGGUUGGGAUUGCGCCCAUGCCGCGGGUAAUGUGGAUCUACGUCUCCACGACUGGGACGUCGAUUUUGCAGCAUGGUGCAGUUACAAGUAUCUUAACAGCGGUCCGGGUGGCAUGGCCGCACUAUUUGUCCACGAACGUCAUGGCCAGGUCGACAACGAGGAGUCCUUCCGACCUCGGCUUUCAGGCUGGUGGGGUAGUGACCUCCAGACACGGUUCCAAAUGAAUAACACAUUCAUCCCGCAAUCCGGGGCUGCUGGCUUCCAGCUGUCCAACCCGUCCGUCCUAGAUAUCAAUGCGGUCGUCGCCUCCCUCGAGCUCUUCAACCGUGCCACGAUGAAGUCAAUUCGGGAAAAGUCUCUCCGAAUUACUGGAUAUCUCGAGCAUCUAUUGCUAAAGUAUCCCUUGGAUGCUCCCGCAGAGGAUAAGCCUUUCACUCUAAUCACACCGUCUAACCCAGCGGAGCGAGGCGCCCAGCUUAGCUUGCGACUCCAGCCUGGACUGCUAGACCAUGUCUUGCACUUCCUGGAGGAACACGGUGUAGUUAUCGAUGAAAGGAAACCUGAUGUUAUUCGGGUGGCUCCGGCGCCAUUGUACAAUUCAUAUGCAGAUGUGUGGGAGUUUUGUCAGAUUUUCUUGCAGGCUUGUCGGGAGGCUGUCAAGGCUCGGGGUUGAGGGGUGUAUAUCUACUGAAAAUGUUAAAAGCCCUUUACUUUUACAGACACCGUGAGACAGAUAGCCGUGAAGUAUGCCAUAGUGCAGUUAGCGGCAUUUGGUACAGCCGUCCCUGACUACGUAGGCUUCUCUGGAGUAAGA